UCAUACAUGCUAAAUUGGUUUGAGAUGGUUUGUGAGCAUCUGAAGGUGCACAAGAAACCAAAUAAGGCUCCAUUGCGGAUCAUGGAAGUGUUCUUUGAAGUGUCAAUGAGACUUUGCCAGAGCAGCUGUGAAGGCAGCAUUAAGAUUUUGGAAAUUCUCAUACUGAGGUUUGGAGCUGUUGUGAUUGACCAAAAUGUACAUUUCAGUCUUCGCCUGGAGGCCAUUAAGACAAUAAAUUCAAUGCUGGACAGUGCUUCAAAAGAGACUCGUAAAAAAAUAUGUCAGUCUGAUCACAGUUCUCUGCUAGAGGAGUUUGCUAAUGCAAUAACUGAUGUAGGCGAUUAUGAAAUGCAGGUGGCCAUUUCUGAGGCACUCUGUCGGAUGACGCCAAAGAAACAAAGGGAGGAACUGGCUGGAAAGUGGUUUAGUUACAGAAGCUUUGCUUCAGCUUUCACAACGAUAAGGGUUAAAGAGUUUGAAACGGAUUGUAGGAUAUUUUUGAAUGAACUCAACAGCUAUUUUGGGAGCUCGAGAAGAGUGUAUUCCUAUCCAUGCGUAAGGGCAUUUCUAGAUACCACUGAGUUGUUUAAACCUGAGGAUGAACAUUUGCAGACAUUUUGGAUAGACUUUAACAUUGGGACAUCUUGCAUUGGCUUCUAUGUAAAUGACUCGCAAGAAACACUGUGGGAACUUAUUAAUUUGCCUAAAGAAGCUGUCAGUUCAUACAACCUACAAGAAUGUGGUGAUCAGAAGAUCUUGAGCAUUCACAUGUCACUUCCUGUGUCUCAUGGAAAGAUAACUGGAAAAAGAGUGCAGAUUACCUUUCACUGUAGGCAUGACAUUCAAACUGCUUUGAACAAAGUCUAUGCUGGAGGAGAUGAAUUACAGCUGAUGGAGGCCACAAAGCAUGCUGCAUUUAGUCGGGAAGACUCAGGAAUUCCAACUACUCCAAUUGAAAUAAAAAAUUCAUUCACCAGCCCUUCCUUGACCGAGACUACAGAAAGAGCUCAAGGUUCUUUUACUGUUCGAAGUGGGCCUAGGAAAUUGCCAUCAAACAAAUGUAGGUCAUUCCCAACAGAAGACAAAUAUGCUCUAAUAAAUGAUUCAGACACAGAGGUGGCACAAGCUAAAAACAUUGUCUUCAAUGAGUCUGUCUCCUCUAAUGGGUCUGCCAGUUCUGUUAAGUCAUUUCCAUCUGCAAAAUCUACACAAAAGAGGAAAAUUAGGAUGUUUCACUCUGAAAGUGACAGCUAUGUGUCACCUGGUGAGAGACCUUUGCUCAGACACAAACCUCAAUGUUACUACAACAGGAAAAAAACACAGCUGAAAAGCAAACUUAAAGUUCUUCCACUUUCCUCACCAAGUAGCAAUGAAGAGAAGUACUUUAAGGAAUCAACCCCUAAACACAGACUGGAGAGAGAGGGGGGUCAAGAAAUUCAAGGGAAGCAGAAACUGGAUCUUUCCCACCAGACCAAGGAGUCUGUUCUGGAUUCAAACCUUAUUAAGAAUCCUUUUCAAACAGAAGUGAAUUUGACUUGUGAUGUUGGAGAAGCAAUAACCCAUGCAUUGAUGGAAGAAGAUGAAUCUGAGGCAGAGUUGAGUUCUGGAGUCAUGGCUGCCUUUGAUUCCUUUAAAGCUCAGUUAAUAGAACAUUUCUAUUCCAGGUAUAAGAAGACUGAAACAAAGUCACUGAAAUCUUUGACUGACUGCCAGAAAACUGUAUCCUCUUUGCUAAAAACAGUGCAUGAUCAAAGGCUUGUUCAUUUGGAAUGCUUCCAGAAUGCUGUGGUGCAGCAGCUGGGUCAACUGGAGCAGAACUGUCUUUCCCUAAAGAACAUUGAGACAGAAACUGUGGGUUUUUGGAAGUCUGUAUCUGAUGCAGUGAGCGCAUUCUGUAAUAAACAGCAAAAGAGGUUGGAUUCUCUAGAGUUUCUAAGAGAGGAAGUCCAAACCCACCAGAGCCAAGCAGAGCAAAGGGAAGCAAUGCCUAACGUGAUCACAGUCCAAUCGAGCAUCUGUGGGAUGUGCUGGGCAAACAAGUCCAAUCCAUGGAGGCCCCACCUUGCAACUUGCAGGACUUAAAGGAUCUGCUGCUAACAUCUUGGUGCCAGAUACCACAGUACACCUUCAGGGAUCUAGUGGAGUCCAUGCUUCGACAAGUCAGGGCUGUUUUGGCAGCAAAAGGGGGACCAACACAAUAGUAGGCAGGUGGUCAUAAUGUUAUGCCUGAUUAGUGCAUAUAAUGUAUGCAUACUGGGGUAUGUGUGUGUAUAU